AUAACCCAAUUAAAAAAGAAGAAAAAGAGUAGGAGAAUCAUAUCUCAUACUGUUGCUAUUUAUACAAUUUACUGACAUUCAAAUGUACUAAACCUGAUCCUAUUGCUAGCCAGAUUGAUCAUGGCACCUUCUGUAGCUAGAAUAAUGUACAGGAAUUCUUCUGGCCUUCUUGUUCUAUGGACAUUGAGUCUGCAUGCCACCACAAGCAGAGCAGAUUCAUUUGGAUAUUGGCAUGGCAAGGAACACAAUCCAACACAAAACUGGAUAAACCAUGGAGGAGACAUAUAUAAUAGAAGAUAUGCAAAUAAAGAAACCAAGAUCAGCCCUCAAACAGUUUUCAAGCUACGAUUGAAGUGGGAAUUCUUUGCAGGAAAGGAUAUUUCAGCAACACCUGCAAUUUUUAAUGCUACCCUUUACUUUCCCAGCUGGAAUGGUUACCUAUAUGCUCUAAAAGCAUCAGAUGGAUCUCUGGUUUGGAAGCAAAACUUGCAGAGUUUAACAGGCCUUAAUGGUCUAAUUUUUAAUAAUAAUAGCAUAAUAUCAAGAUCUACUCCAACGAUAGCAGAUGACCUUCUUAUUAUUGGAAUUUAUGGCCCUGCUUUUAUUAUUGCUGUGGAGAGAUCAACUGGAAAGCUUGUGCGGUCAACCCAGCUUGAAACCCACCCUGCAAGUCUUAUUACUAUGUCUGGGACUUACUACAAGGGCGCUUUUUAUGUUGGUACUUCUUCACUAGAAGAAGCCCUAAGCAUUAAGCAAUGCUGCACCUUCAGGGGAAGCUUUUUAAAAGUAGAUGUAAGAACUGGAAGGAUCUUAUGGAAGACAUAUAUGCUGCCAGACAACCAGGGCAAGCGUGGAGAAUACGCUGGAGCAGCUAUAUGGGGAAGCAGCCCAUCCAUCGACAUUUCCAGGAACCAUGUUUAUAUUGCAACAGGGAACCUCUAUUCAGCCCCUCUUCGUAUCCGCCAAUGCCAAGAAAGCGAGAAUAAUCAAACCAGACCAAGCAAUCCUGAUAAAUGUGUUGAGCCUGAUAACCACGAAGACUCAAUCCCGGCACUUGAUCUUGACUCUGGCAAAAUCAAGUGGUAUAAGCAAUUUGGAGGAUAUGACGUUUGGUUUUUGGCUUGUAACAAUCUUUCAACCACUAAUUGCCCCCCUGGCCCCAACCCAGAUGCUGAUUUUUCAGAAGAGCCAAUGAUGUUAAGCAUAUACGCGAAUGGAACUAAGCGAGAUAUAGUUGUUGCUGUUCAGAAAAGUGGGUUUGCUUGGGCACUUGAUCGCAGUACCGGGGAACUCAUUUGGUCAACUGAAGCUGGACCUGGAGGCAUAGGUGGCGGAGGAUUCUGGGGGGCAGCAACUGAUGAAAAGAGAGUGUACACCAACAUCGCAAACUCUGAAAGAAAAAUCUUCACUCUGAAGCCAUCAAAAGCAAAGACAAUAGCUGGAGGAUGGGUGGCAAUGCAUGCAAAGAAUGGUGAAAUCCUAUGUUCAACAGGUGAUCCAAGCAAUGGCACCGCUAGUGGUCCUGUAACCAUAGCUAAUGGCGUCAUGUUUGGUGGUUCGACAUCAGAUAGGGGACCAAUAUAUGCAAUUAAUGCAAGAACUGGUAGAAUUCUUUGGUCACAUGAUACUGGAGCUUCAAUAUUUGGGGGUGUGUCUGUUAGUGAUGGGUGUGUUUAUGUUGGCAAUGGAUAUAGGGCAUUUGUGGCAGGGACCUCGCUCUUCGCCUUCUGCAUUUCUUGAACUUGCAUAAUUAAGUUCCUCCACCCUUCAUUGCCUCUACCCAAAUUCAAAACAUAUAAAAUGAUCAUGAAUAAGGAUCUUUAAGAUGUCUAUGUAUUUUCUACCCUCAAACAUGUUAGUUUGUGUGCACUGCA